UACAAGGGCCGGCGCUCCGACAACAUGGACAAUGAGUCGCAGUACUCGGGAUACUCCUACAAGUCCGGCCAUUCCCGCAGCUCCCGCAAGCACAGCCCCGGGCAGCAGCUCGGCCCUUCUCCGGCUGCGGGAAUACACAACGGCACCUGGAAGAAGCCUUUUCAGGACGACAACUGGGGCGAGACCACCACGGUGGUGACGGGCACGUCGGAGCACAGCAUCUCGCACGAUGACAUCUCCCGCAUCACCAAGGACAUGGAGGACAGCGCCCACCUGGACUGCUCCCGGCACCUGGGCGUCUCGCUGGCCGGGGCGCUGGCGCUGCUCUCCUUCCUCACGCCGCUCGCCUUCAUGCUGCUGCCCCAGCUGCUGUGGCGGGGCGACACUGGGGCCUGCGAGGGGCUCUUCAUCUCGGUGGCCUUCAAACUCCUCAUCCUCCUGCUGGGCAGCUGGGCGCUCUUCUUCCGCCGCCCCAAGGCCUUCUUCCCCCGCGUCUUCGUCUUCCGCGCGCUGCUCAUGGUGCUCGUCUUCCUGCUCGUCGUCUCCUACUGGCUCUUCUACGGCGUGCGCAUCCUGGACUCGCGGGACCGCAACUACCAGGCGGUGGUGCAGUACGCCGUGUCGCUGGUGGACGCGCUGCUCUUCGUGCACUACCUGGCCGUGGUGCUGCUGGAGCUGCGGCAGCUGCAGCCCCAGUUCACGCUCAAGGCCGUGCGCUCGGCCGACGGCGCCAGCCGCUUCUCCAACGUGGGGCACCUCAGCAUCCAGCGAGCGGCCGUGUGGAUCCUGGAGAACUACUACCACGACUUCCCGGUGUACAACCCUGCCCUGCUCAACCUGCCCAAGUCCGUCUUGUCCAAGAAAAUGUCCGGCUUCAAAGUCUAUUCCCUCGGCGAGGCGGCCGCCCGCCGCCGCGACAACAGCCACAACGAGUACUACUACGAGGAGGCCGAGCACGAGCGCCGCGUGCGCAAGCGCCGCGCCAGGCUGGUGGUGGCCGUGGAGGAGGCCUUCACGCACAUCAAGCGGCUGCAGGAGGAGGACCAGAAGAACCCGCGCGAGAUCAUGGACCCGCGCGAGGCCGCCCAGGCCAUCUUCGCCUCCAUGGCGCGGGCCAUGCAGAAGUACCUGCGCACCACCAAGCAGCAGCCCUACCACACCAUGGAGAGCAUCCUGCAGCACCUCGAGUUCUGCAUCACCCACGACAUGACGCCCAAGGCCUUCCUGGAGCGGUACCUGAGCGCCGGGCCCACCAUCCAGUACCACAAGGAGCGCUGGCUGGCCAAGCAGUGGACGCUGGUCAGCGAGGAGCCGGUCACCAACGGCCUCAAGGACGGCGUGGUCUUCGUGCUCAAGCGCCAGGACUUCAGCCUGGUGGUGAGCGCCAAGAAGAUCCCCUUCUUCAAGCUCUCCGAGGAGUUUGUGGACCCCAAGUCGCACAAGUUCGUCAUGAGGCUGCAGUCGGAGACCUCGGUGUGAGCGGAGCAGGGACGGAGCGGCGCC